CACUUCAGUAGAGGUAUAUAAAGACGAAGCCGUCUGGAGACAAUAUUCAGUAAUCAGUACACUUUUGCAACUUGCUUUAUCCUCCGAAAGCUAUACAAUUUAAAAAGUCAACAUGAAAGUAUUUGUGGUUAUCCUCUCCACCUGUCUCAUUGGUGCUCUGGCCCAAGAAUUGACGGAAGCGCAAAAGCAGAAAGUCAGGGAGAAUAGAGACGCUUGCAUUACCGAGACAGGUGCUGACAGAGAGGAGGUUAAUAAGGCUAAUAAGGGCGAAUGGGCUGACAAUGCAAAGAUCCGUUGUUUCACCCUCUGUAUGCUGAAGAAAUGGGGCAUGAUGAAUGAUGCCGGUGUAUUAGAUGAAGCUGCAGCUCGCCAGAAGAUGGGCUUGCAGAUGAAGCCCGAGAAGGUCGAGGAGAUCAUGACCAAGUGCAAAUAUCUGAAGGGCGAUACCGCUUGUGAUACAGCAUACAUGAUGAUGAAGUGCUACACUGACAACAGAGCAGUCACCCUCUUUGACAUGAGACUUGCAAUGAAAAAAUCAUCGCAUUGCGUACGAUUAGUUCCGGAUGCGUAUAUAGGAGGACACUUUCUGCAGACAAUAUUCACUUAUCAGCACGCAUUUGCAACUGGUUCUAACUUUCGGGAGCUCAGAAUAAUCCAACAACUCAUCAUGAAAUUCCUGGUGAUUGCCGUCCUCGUCUGCAUCGUUGGUGCUCUGGCAUCCGAGCAGAGAGAAACCCCGGAGGCGAGACGGCAGCGAUACAGAGAUGCUUGCCGUGCGGAGACAGGGGCUGAUCAAGCUGACAUUGAUAAGGCUCGCAAAGGCGAAUGGGCUGAUAAAGAGAACCUUCGUUGUUACACCCUUUGUAUGCUGAAGAAAGGGAAUCUGAUGAAUGAUGAAGGUGUGCUCGAUGAAAUCGUCACACGCGACACGUUGGCCCGUAAAUUGCCCGCUGAGCAGAUCAAUGAUAUCAUGGCCAAGUGCAAAGAUCUGAAGGGUUCCAACGCCUGUGGCACUGCGCAAAGGAUAAUGAAGUGUUAUAAUGAGCAGAAAACACACCUCAUGUAAAAAAUAAUCCUGUGUUACUACAAUGAUGAUCCCUAUGAUUUUGUUGAUUAUCGGCCAAUGCAUAUGAACUGCUUUUGUGACUAAAUUCCCACCAUGUUUCGAAACAUUAUUUAUCGGGGCUUUAUCGUACGAUUUGAUUUAUUGGAAUAAAAAACUUGAAAAUAUA